UUGGGUGCAAUGAACACUCCAUGCAGGCCUCGGCAUGGAAGGCUGUGACCCACCUGUCAUCUUGGGGAAGGACAAUGGGUGCGCUAUCCCUCAGCACCAGCAAUGGACUGAAUUUGGUAGCCCCCGCCUCCCCAGCAAACCUUGUCACAUGGAACCGCCUGCCGUGCCGCACCAUGGAGCCCUAGACAACCGGCGGGCCUCCUUCAGUGAGCACUCUCCGGAAAGUGCCCUCCCCUCUGGCUCCCAAGCUGAGCCAGGCAGCAAGGAGGUCUGCUGCAACGAAUGCUCCGCCUCCUUCGCCAGCUUGCAGACCUACAUGGAGCACCACUGCCCCAGUGCCCGUCCGCUCCUCCCGCUGCAGGAGGACUGUGGGAGUGACACUGGCGAGGAGGGGGAUGAGGAAAGCGAUGUGGAGAAUCUGGCCGGGGAGAUUGUCUACCAGCCGGAUGGCUCGGCGUACAUUGUCGAAAGCAUCGGUCAGCUGAUCCAAAGUGGGGGGGGCUGUGGGGCUGGCAACGGUUCCGGCAGCGGCGGGGCACUCCCGCCGCUCUUUAUGAGCUCCCCCGCCAGCACGGGGGGCAAGCAAGGCGAGGCCACGUCAGCUGCCCCUGUGUACCCACAGAUCAUCAACACUUUCCACAUAGCCUCAUCCUUUGGGAAGUGGUUUGAGGGCUCAGACCAGGCCUUCCCGAAUACCUCAGCCCUGACAGGGGUCAGCCCUGUCUUGCACAGCUUCCGUGUUUUUGAUGUGCGCCACAAAAGCAACAAGGAUUACCUGAACAGCGACGGUUCUGCCAAAAGUUCCUGUGUCUCCAAAGAUGUUCCCAACAAUGUGGACCUGUCCAAAUUUGACAGCUUUGUGCUCUAUGGGAAGCGGAAGCCCAUCCUGAUGUGCUUCUUGUGCAAGCUGUCUUUUGGGUAUGUCCGCUCUUUUGUGACCCACGCGGUGCAUGAUCAUCGAAUGACUCUGAGCGAAGAGGAGCGGAAAAUUCUUAGCAAUAAGAACAUCUCCGCUAUCAUUCAAGGGAUAGGCAAAGACAAGGAACCCCUUGUAAGCUUUUUGGAACCAAAAAACAAAAACUUUCCACACCCUUUAGUUUCCACACCUAACCUCAUAGGCCCUGGACACAGUUUCUAUGGCAAAUUCAGCGGGAUUCGCAUGGAAGGGGAAGAGGGCACCCAAGUGGGGGCUGCCAGCGGAGCGGAACCGCCCCAGUCGGGCCUCUUAGCACCUGGGGGCCUUUUGAACCUCGGAGGGCUAACGAGCUCAGCUUUGAAGACACCAAUUACCUCAGUUCCCCUGGGCCCACUGGCUUCCAGUCCUACCAUAUCCUCUGAGGGGAAGGACCCCGGGGUAUUAGAGUGUGAGCGUCAAGAACAGGCUGACCCGGACAGCCUCUCAGAGAAAGCAGAGCCAGCUGAGGAGGACGAGGAGGAGGAGGAGGAGGAGGAGGAGGAAGAAGAAGACGAGGAGGAGGAGGAGGAGGAGGAGGAGGAAGAGGAGGAGGAGGAGGACAUGGAGGGGUGCAAAGGGCUGUUCCCAAGCGAGCUGGAGGAUGAACUGGAGGAAAGGCCUCCCGAGGAGUCCGGGGCUGUGGCAGGCAGUGGCGGCAGCAGCAGCAGCAGCAACCAAAAGGACCUUGCUCUCUCAAACCAAAGCUUUUCUCCCUUAAUGCCUGCCGUGCUUCAGACGAUGUCCAGGGGCACGGCUUCUUCUAGUUCUAGUUCUGCUUCUUCCUUUGUCUUUGAUGGUGCAAACAGGAGGAAUUGUUUAAGCUUUAACAGUGAAGGCAGCGAGGGCGGCGGCGGCAGGCGGCUGGACUUCAGCGAUGAAAGUGCCAAUAAAGACAAUGCUACAGUACCAGAACCAAAUGAGAGCGUGGAGGGCGAGGAGGGCAUCUGCCUCUCCCAUCACCAGCACGUGGGGCCCCUCUGCGAACUCGGGGGUGGGGAGUGCCCCUCGGGGAGUGGCGUGGAAUGCCCCAAAUGCGAUACCAUCCUGGGCUCCUCACGGUCGCUUGGCGGCCACAUGACCAUGAUGCAUUCGCGGAACUCCUGUAAGACGCUCAAGUGCCCCAAGUGUAAUUGGCACUACAAGUACCAGCAGACGCUGGAGGCUCACAUGAAGGAGAAACAUCCGGAGCCGGGGGGUGCGUGUGCCUACUGCAAAAGCGGGCAGCCCCACCCGCGGCUGGCACGGGGCGAGAGCUACACGUGUGGUUACAAGCCUUUCCGCUGUGAGGUUUGUAACUACUCCACUACUACCAAAGGCAACCUCAGUAUUCACAUGCAGUCCGACAAGCACCUCAACAACAUGCAGAACCUGCAGAAUGGAGGCGGGGAGCAAGUUUUCAGCCACACGGCUGGCGCCGCUGCGGCUGCAGCUGCAGCGGCCGCAGCCGCAGCGGCCGCAGCCAACAUGGGUAGCAGCUGUGGGGCCCCCUCCCCCACCAAACCAAAAAGCAAACCUACCUGGCGAUGUGAAGUGUGUGACUAUGAGACCAAUGUCGCCAGGAACCUGCGCAUCCACAUGACCAGUGAGAAGCACAUGCACAACAUGAUGCUGCUUCAGCAGAACAUGAGCCAAAUGCAGCACAACCGCCACUUGGGCCUGGGCAGCCUGCCUGCCGAGGCUGAGCUGUACCAGUACUACCUGGCACAGAAUAUGACCCUACCCAACCUGAAGAUGGACAGCGCUGCCUCUGAGGCUCAGUUCAUGAUGAGCGGCUUCCAGCUGGACCCCACCAACACAAUAGCAUCCAUGGCCCCAUCUCUAGUGGGUGGAGAGAUCCCUCUGGACAUGCGGCUUGGGGGUGGGCAGCUGGUGUCUGAGGAGCUCAUGAACCUGGGGGAGACCUUCACGCAGACCAAUGACCCCUCGCUGAAGCUCUUCCAGUGUGCCGUGUGCAACAAGUUCACCACGGACAAUUUGGACCUGCUGGGGCUGCACAUGAACGUGGAGCGCAGCCUGCCGGAGGAGGAAUGGAAAGCCUCGAUGGGGGACUCGUAUCAGUGCAAGCUGUGCCGCUACAACACGCAGCUCAAGGCCAACUUCCAGCUGCACUGCAAGACGGACAAACACGUGCAGAAGUUCCAGCUGGUGGCCCACAUCAAGGAGGGGGGCAAGGCCAACGAGUGGCGGCUCAAGUGUGUGGCCAUCGGGAAUCCCGUGCACCUGAAGUGCAAUGCCUGCGACUACUACACCAACAGCCUGGAGAAGCUGCGCCUCCACACAGUGAACGCCAGGCACGAGGCCAGCCUGAAACUCUACAAGUUAGCCAUGGAACCGACAAGAGAAGAGGCAACUCUUGAUUUAAUCCUAUGUGAUGCCCUGGAUCUGGUGCAAGAUCACCUUCAGCAUCAUGAGAGUGGAGUGGAGGGGGAAAGCUGCUACUACCACUGCGUUCUCUGCAACUACUCCACCAAAGCCAAGCUGAACCUCAUCCAGCACGUGCGCUCCAUGAAGCACCAGCGGAGCGAGAGUUUGCGUAAGCUGCAGCGCCUGCAGAAGGGCCUUCCGGAAGAAGAGGAGGACCUGGGCCAGAUCUUCACCAUCCAGAAGUGCCCUGCGCCUGAGGCGGAGGAGCUGAUUGAAGAUGCAGAAGGCCCCAGCGAGGCGGCUGCCGAUCCAGAAGAGCCUGCGAAAGACCCAGAGGGCGCCGCUGACAAGGAACACGUCAGAUGGACAGCACAAGCUACCCAGGCUGAGAAGGAGCUUUCUGAGACCCCUGCAUCCUCCAAACGUCUUUCAUUUCCAAGAAGCUCAGAGUCGCCUGUCACCAAAUGGCCAAAAACAUCAGAUGAGACUAAGCUGGAGCAGGUGUAUCAGUGCCCGUACUGCAAGUACAGUAACACAGACGUGAACCGGCUGCGGGUCCAUGCCAUGACCCAGCAUUCCGUCCAGCCCAUGCUCCGGUGCCCCCUCUGCCAGGACAUGCUGAGCAACAAGAUCCACCUGCAGCUGCACCUGACGCAUCUCCACAGUGUGUCUCCGGACUGCGUCGAGAAGCUCAUCUUGACGGUGACCACGCCAGAGGUGAUGAUGCCUAGCAGUAUGUUUAUCCCAGCUUCAACACCAGAUCGAGAUGGGAAUGCCAGCACUGAUCAACCAGCCAAACAGCCUGGGUUCUCGGAGGACUUGGGGAAAGGGCUGCUGUCUGCGGAGAACCUGGAGCGCGGGGGAGAGGCGAAGGCUGCUCCACCGGACCAGGCCUCUGCCAGAGAGGACGCCGGCUUUCUCUGCUGGAAGAAGGGCUGCAGCCAGGGCUUCAAAAGCUCCACUGCCCUCCAGGCCCAUUUCAACGAGGCACACACGAAGCGGCCCCAGUUGCCUGUCUCCGACCGGCACGUCUACAAAUACCGGUGCAAUCAGUGCAGCCUGGCCUUCAAAACCAUCGAGAAGCUCCAGCUGCACUCCCAGUACCACGUCAUCCGGGCCGCCACCAUGUGCUGCCUUUGCCAGCGCAGUUUCCGCACCUUCCAAGCCCUCAAGAAGCACCUGGAGACGAGCCACCUGGAGCUGAGCGAAGCUGACAUCCAGCAGCUCUACGGGGGGCUCCUGGUCAACGGAGACCUCUUAGCCAUGGGGGACCCCUCGCUGGCCGAAGACCACACCCUCCUUGUCGAGGAAGACAAAGAGGAGGAGAGUGACCCGGAGGACAAGCAGAGCCCCGUUGGGAGCGACUCCGGGUCCGUGCAGGAGGACUCGGGCCCGGAGCCCAAGCGGGCGCUGCCCUUCCGCAAGGGCCCCAACUUCACCAUGGAGAAGUUCCUGGACCCGUCGCGCCCGUACAAGUGCACCGUCUGCAAGGAGUCCUUCACGCAGAAGAACAUCCUUUUGGUCCACUACAAUUCGGUUUCCCACCUGCACAAGCUGAAACGAGCCCUCCAGGAGUCCACCACGGGCCAGCCGGAGCCCACCAGCAGCCCCGACAACAAGCCUUUCAAGUGCGGCACCUGCAGCGUGGCCUACAGCCAGAGCUCCACCCUGGAGAUCCACAUGCGCUCCGUCCUGCACCAGACCAAGGCACGGGCAGCCAAGCUGGAGGCGGUGGGCGGCAGCGGCGGUGGAGGGGGCGGCAGCGGCAGCGGCGGCAGCGGCAGCACUGUCUCCCUGGGCUGCUCCUCCACACCCAGUCCUGUGAGUGCUGCCGCCACUGCCUCCGCCUCCGCCUCCGCCUCCGCCUCUGCCGCCUCCUUUGUCAUGACCAACACAAGCGCUGCCAGCACAGCCCCGGUCCCCAGCCUGCUCAGCCAGGUCUCCUGCGAGGGCACCGGGAUCCCUCCUCUCAACAUCCCCAUCAGUACCAGUGCCAGCCCUGUGGCCACCUCAAGCCCCUCUGAGCCCAAAGAGGUCAACCGUAAGAAACUGGCCGACAUGAUUGCCUCCCGGCAGCAGCAGCAGCAGCAGCAGCAGCAGCAGCAGCAGGCAGCAGCCCACACCCUGGCGCAGGCUCAGGCCCAAGUGCAGGCCCAGCUGCAGCAAGAGCUGCAGCAGCAAGCGGCCCUGCUGCAGUCGCAGCUCUUCAACCCCGCUCUCCUGCCUCACUUCCCGAUGACCACAGAGACCCUCCUCCAGCUGCAGCAGCAGCAGCAGCAGCAGCAGCUCCUCUUCCCGUUCUAUAUUCCCAGCGCCGAGUUCCAGCUGAACCCCGAAGUGAGCUUGCCUGUGACCAGCGGCACCCUGACGCUGACGGGGACGGGCCCCAGCCUGCUGGACGACUUGAAGGUGCAGCUCCCCCAGCCGAGCCACCCGCAGCUCCUGCAGCAGGCGCCCCCGGCGCCGCUGCCUCACGGGCAGCUGCCCCAGCCCCACUGCAUCCUCCUCCAGCAGGGCCAGCAUCCGGACAAGAGGAGCAAAUCCACGGGGAAGGAGAAGGAGGCGCAGAGGGAGCGGGAGAGCUUGGAGAAGCUGGAGGGCAGCUCCGCCUCGAGAGAGCCCUUGCCUGACCCGCUGAAGCCCAGAGACAAGCCCGAGGCGGCGGCAGCGGCGGCGGCGGCGGCGGCAGGCCCUGCAGAGCCGUCUCUGCUCCCUCCCCGGAUUGCGUCCGACGCCCGUGGGAACGCCACGAAAGCCUUGCUGGAAAACUUUGGCUUUGAGCUGGUCAUCCAGUACAACGAGAACAAGCAGAAGGUGCAGAAGAAGGCCGGGAAGGCGGAGCAGGGCGAGAGCCCGGAGAAGCUGGAAUGCGAGGCGUGCGGCAAGUUCUUCUCCAACGUCCUCAUCCUGAAGAGCCACCAGGAGCACGUUCACCAGCACUACUUCCCCUUCCAGCGGCUGGAAAGCUUUGCCAAGCAAUACCGCGAGCACUACGACAAGCUCUACCCGCUGCGGCCCCAGACGCCAGAGCCCCCGCCGCCCCCGCCCCCGCCCCUGCCCGCCGCCUCCCCCCAGCAGCCCGCCGCCUCCGCUCCCGCCAUUGCCGCCCCCCCGGCCCCGCCCCUCAUCUCCUCUCCCUCCUCCACGCUGGCGCCCGCCCAGCCCUCGCUGCCCCUGGCCCAGCUCUCCAUGCCCAUGGAGCUGCCCAUCUUCUCUCCUCUGAUGAUGCAGAGCCUGCCCCUGCAGAGCCUGCCCGCCCAGCUCCCGGCCCAGCUCGGCCCCGCGGACACUCUGCCCGCGGACCUGGCCCAGCUGUACCAGCACCAGCUCAACCCAGGCCUCCUCCUCCAGCAGCAGCAGCAGCAGCAGCAGCAGCAGCAGCAGAACAAGAGGCCGCGCACGCGGAUCACCGACGACCAGCUGCGGGUCCUGAGGCAGUAUUUCGACAUCAACAAUUCCCCAAGCGAGGAGCAGAUCAAGGAGAUGGCGGACAAGUCCGGCCUGCCCCAGAAGGUGAUCAAGCACUGGUUCCGGAACACGCUCUUCAAGGAGCGCCAGCGCAACAAGGACUCUCCGUACAAUUUCAGCAACCCCCCCAUCACCAGCCUGGAGGACCUGAAGGUGGACUCCCGCCCGGCCUCGCCGGAGCCUCAGAAGCACGAGUACUGGGGGAGCAAGCGGUCCUCCAGGACGCGCUUCACCGACUACCAGCUCCGGGUCCUGCAGGACUUCUUCGACGCCAACGCCUACCCGAAGGAUGACGAGUUCGAGCAGCUCUCCAAUUUGCUCAACCUCCCGACCCGCGUGAUCGUGGUCUGGUUCCAGAACGCCCGGCAGAAGGCCAGGAAGAAUUACGAGAACCAGGGCGACGGCAAAGACGGGGAGCGGCGGGAGCUGACGAACGACAGGUACAUCCGGACGAGCAACCUGAACUACCAGUGCAAGAAGUGCAGCCUUGUCUUCCAGCGCAUCUUUGACCUGAUCAAGCACCAGAAGAAGCUGUGCUACAAGGAUGAGGACGAAGAGGGGCAGGAGGACAGCCAGAACGAGGACUCCAUGGAUGCCGCUGAGCUCCUGACCCCCACCAGCUCCUCCUGCAGCACCCCGAUGCCUUCCCAGGCCCACGGCACCCCCCCAUCUUCUGCCAAUGCAGCCGCCUGCUCCGCCUCCGCUUUCCUGCCACACGGCGCUGUGGCCGAGGCGGACGGCGACUCCUCCUCCUCCUGCGCCUACAGCUCUAGAGCAGAAGCUGCAGACGAGAAACCAAAGCAACCUGAGCCUCCAGGCACGCAGCAAAACCAAACUCCCGAGAAGCAGGCGCAACCAAAGCCAGAGGCGGCAGCGGCGGCACUGCCGCCGGACCUGGGAGAGCCAAAGACCGGCUCCGUGCACCCAAAGGCCGCCUCCCCCCCUACGCCGCCGGUCGAGCCCCUGCCGUGCGCCCUGCCCCGGUCGAGCCCUGCUCCCCCCUCCCAGCUCUCUCACCUGACCCUCAAGCCCCUCCACACCUCCACCCCCCAGCAGCUGGCCAGCCUGCCUCCGCAGCUCAUCCCGUACCAGUGUGACCAGUGCAAGCUGGCCUUUCCCUCCUUUGAGCACUGGCAGGAGCAUCAGCAGCUCCACUUCUUGAGUGCCCAGAACCAGUUCAUCCACCCCCAGUUCCUGGACAGGACGCUUGAGAUGCCCUUCAUGCUCUUUGACCCCAGCAACCCCUUGCUGGCCAGCCAGCUGCUGUCCGGGGCGCUCCCCCAGCUGCCCAUGAGCUCGGCCACUUCGCCCUCCACCCCAACGUCCACCAUGAGCACCCUGAAGCGGAAGCUGGAGGAGAAGGCCAGCGCCAGCCCUGGGGAGAACGACAGCAGCACGGGCGGAGAGGAGCCCCAGCGGGACAAGCGCCUCCGGACCACCAUCACUCCGGAGCAGCUGGAAGUGCUGUACCAGAAAUACCUGCUGGACUCCAACCCCACCCGGAAGAUGCUCGACCACAUCGCUCACGAGGUGGGCUUGAAGAAGCGCGUGGUGCAGGUGUGGUUCCAGAACACUCGGGCCCGGGAGCGGAAGGGGCAGUUCAGGGCGGUGGGGCCCGCCCAGGCCCACCGGCGCUGCCCGUUCUGCCGGGCCCUCUUCAAAGCCAAGACGGCCCUGGAAGCGCACAUCCGGUCCCGGCACUGGCACGAAGCCAAGCGGGCAGGGUACAACCUGACCUUGUCGGCCAUGCUUCUGGAUUGCGACGGGGGGCUCCAGGUGAAGGGGGACCUCUUUGACGGGGCCGGCUUUUCCCACCUGCCUCCCCCCAGCAGCAGCAGCGACAGCCAGGGCGUCCCCCUCUCGCCGGCGAGCAAGUCGCUCGAGCUCUCCCCACGGGCCCUGCUGAGCCCGUCCUCCAUCAAAGUCGAGGGGCUCGAGGAUUACGGCGAGAGCCCCUCCAUGGCCUCCGUCCACCUGAGCUUUGACCAAGCCAAGCUGGACAACGACGACUGCUCCUCCGUCAACACGGCCCUCACGGACACCACCACCGGCGACGAGGGCAACGCGGACAACGACAGUGCCAUGGGGCUCGCCUCGGAAGCCAAGUGCUCCUUGGGGGCCGGCGAGGGCCUGACCAAGGCUGCCAUGAUGGCCAUGGCCGAGUACGAAGACCGGCUCUCUUCGGGGCUGGUCAGCCCGGCCCCCAGCUUCUACAGCAAGGAGUACGACAACGAGGGGACCGUGGACUACAGCGAGACUUCCAGCCUGGCGGACCCGUGUUCGCCCAGCCCCGGCACCAGCGGCUCCACGGGCAAGUCCGGAGAGGGCGGCGAUCGGCCCGGGCAGAAGCGCUUCCGCACGCAGAUGACCAACCUGCAGCUGAAGGUCUUGAAGUCCUGCUUCAACGACUACCGGACGCCCACCAUGCUGGAGUGCGAAGUCCUGGGCAACGACAUUGGGCUGCCCAAGCGGGUGGUUCAGGUCUGGUUCCAGAACGCUCGGGCCAAGGAGAAGAAGUCCAAGCUGAGCAUGGCCAAGCACUUCGGCAUCAACCAAGCGAGCUACGAGGGGCCCAAGACGGAGUGCGCCUUGUGCGGCGUCAAGUACAGCGCCCGCCUGUCGGUACGGGACCACAUCUUCUCCCAGCAGCACAUCUCCAAAGUGAAGGACACCAUCGGAAGCCAGCUGGACAAGGAGAAGGAGUACUUUGACCCGGCCACAGUCCGCCAGCUGAUGGCGCAGCAGGAGCUGGACCGGAUCAAGAAGGCCAACGAGGUCCUCGGCCUGGCGGCUCAGCAGCAAGGCGUGUUCGAUGGCCCCCCGCUGCAGGCGCUGAACCUCCCGGCCGCCUACCCAGCCUCCCUCCAGGGCAUCCCUCCCGUCCUGCUGCCGGGCCUCAACAGCCCGUCCCUGCCUGGCUACACGCCCUCCAACACAGCUUUAACGUCUCCAAAGCCCAGCCUGAUGGGCCUCCCCGGCACAAGCAUCCCCUCGCCUGGCCUCCCCACCUCUGGAUUACCAAAUAAGCAGCCUUCGUCGGCCUCCCUGAGCUCCCCUAGCCCAGCACAAGCCACCGUGGCCCCCGUCCCCCCGCAGCCCCCGCCCCCGCCUCGGAAGGACAAGGACAGCGAGAAGCUGAAAGAGAAGGAGAGGGGGGCCAAGGGCAAAGGCGACGCCCUGCCGGCCCCCAAGAAGGACAAAGCAGAGGCCCCCUCGGCCCUCUCGGCCAGCCUGCCUGCCCUGGAGUACUCUGUGGAGGCCUCGCAGCUCCAGGCACUGCAGGCGGCUCUGAAUUCGGACCCCACGGCUUUGUUGACGAGCCAGUUCCUCCCCUACUUCGUCCCUGGCUUUUCCCCCUACUAUGCCCCUCAGAUCCCAGGGGCCUUGCAGAGCGGGUACCUUCAGCCCAUGUACGGCAUGGAAGGGCUGUUUCCCUACAGUCCGGCACUGUCGCAAGCCCUGCUGGGCUUGUCCCCUGGCUCCCUGUUGCAGCAGUACCAGCAAUAUCAACAGAGCCUGCAGGAAGCCUUGCAGCAGCAGCAGCAGCAGCAGCAACAGCAGCAGCAGCAGCAGCAGCAGCAACAGCAGCAGCAACAGCAGCAGCGACAAGCGCAGCAGCAGCAGAAAUUGUUGCAGCAGCAGCAGCAGCAACAGCUGCAGCCCAAAGGAAGCCAAACCCCAGUCCCCUCGGGGGCUGCUACCCCAGAAAAAGAUCCUGCCAAAGAAUCCCCCAAACAGGAAGAGCAGAAAACGGCACCCCACGUGGUGCCCCCCCACCUGCCCAAACCCCGCGAAGAGCCCGAAGCAGACGGCAGGAGUGCUGUGGACUCCCUCUGCGACCCCUUCAUUGUCCCAAAGGCGCAGUGCCGGCUGGUCUGCCGGACGUGCCAGGCAGGCUUCAGCAGCCAGGAGGCGGCCAGCGACCACCUGAAGUCCCUCUGCGGCUUUGGCCAGCCUGUGGUGAAUCUGCAAGAGAUGGUGCUUCACGUGCCCGCCGGCGGCAGCGGCAGCGGCUCGUACCAGUGUGUGGCGUGCGAGAGCACGGUGUGCGGGGAAGAAGCCCUCCGGCAGCACCUCGAGUCCGCCGCGCACAAACAUCGAACAAUCCCAAGAGCAGCAAGAAACGCCAAAGAGCACCCCACUCGAUUACCUCACUCCGCCUGCCUCCCCGACCCGAGCACCGCAUCUACCUCGCAGCCUGCCGCUCACUCAAAUGACAGCCCCUCGCCCCCGUCUGCAGCCUCCCCCCACGCCUCCAGGAAGUCUUGGCCUCACGCGGGCCCCCAGGGGACUCCCCCAGGGAAGAAGCCGCCUCCGCCUCCGCCGCCACCGCCUCCUCCUCCUCCUCCUCCUCCUCCUCCUCCUCUCUCCUCAUCUUCAACGGUUACCUCAAGUUCGUGCAGCACCUCAGGGGUUCAGCCCUCGAUGCCAACAGAUGACUAUUUGGAGGAGUCUGACUCGGAUCUUAGCCAAAAGUCCGAGGGACCGGUGAGCCCGGCGCAGAGGCCUGAGGAGCCGAGCUGCCCCAAGGACAGCGGUGGUCUCCUCGCGAGCAUAGAAAUGGACACCUUUAGAUUGUAAGCUUUGAAGAUGAACAAUUAAAAAAUAAUAAUAAAAAAAAAGAAUUUUAAAAAAAUUAACAAACCCAUUUCAAAAAUAGACUAACUGCAAUUCCAAAGCUUCUAACCAAAAAAGAAAAAGAAAAAAGAAGAGAGAAGUGUGGGUUGUUUUCCCAUAUACUGAUGCCGGCAGAUUUUCCAUGGCUUUCUUUUUGCAUUUUGGCCGUUGAGAGGGACACUGUGUGGAUCUCAAAGGCGCCUCUCUCCAGCGUCCGUCUGCCUGUCCGUCCGUCUGUCUGUCUGUCUGUGGAGCUCCAGCCCCCCCUCAAUAAUGCCCCCCACCGCCCCACCGCCCCCUUGAGAGCACAGCAGAGGCCGGCAUGACUGUAUGGGAAAGCAGGACCACCUUGCUACGGUUUUACAUUUCUUGCUGUCUUAGCAUUCAGAUACCAAUGGCUUGCUAAAAGGAAAAAAAAGGAAGGAAGGAAGAAGUGUAACGUCUUUUUAUUCUCAGGUCAAUCGCUCACACUUUGUUCAGUUUUCGGAAUCAUUGUUUUAUAUAAAUAUAUAUAUAUAUAUAAUUUCUUUUUUGGUUUUGAUUUUUUUUCCAAGAAAAGGAAUUUUUUUGUUAAUUUAAAAAAGGGCAGAAAGUGUUCAAGAGACAAACAAUGUGAACUGAGUUAAGCUUUCUGGGAAUUUUAAGGGUAGCUUUUCUGCUGAAGGCAAUUUCAAUGGGAAAAGUUCAGCACUCCCACUUUUCAGAAAAGGAAAGGAGAAAAAACAUCAACGCAAAGAGUGUUAAGGACUUGGAGCUUAAAAAUAAGUUUUAAACAACUGACUUUCUGUAUUUAUGAUAGAUAUGACCAUUUUUGGUGUUGAGUAGAUUGUUGCAUUGGAAAUGAACUGAAGCAGUAAUGGUAGAUUUAAAAGAAACCCCCCUCCCCUCCCCUCCCCUCCCCUCCCCUCCCCUCCUUUUGUGUACAUUUAGCUUUUGUAUGGUCAGCUGGCAGCUUCUCAUUGGAUGUUGUCUUGUUCAUUCCUAGCCAGGUAGAUUACAGCCCCAUGGAUUCGCUGAAGCUCUCCCCCCGCCCACCCCCUUGUGCCCUGAUUCCCUUCUCCAUCCUGUAAUCUUCCACUUACGGUCACUGCCUUCAUUUCUUAGAGGGUGGUUGCAGAAUUAUUUUAUAAAAACUAAAGAAAAAAAUUCAAAGGGUUUCAAAGGGGGUCAGUAGGAUCCCUUGCAGAAUAUUUUUGUUGGGGGUUCAAAACUUUUUAAGGUGUAUACAUGUCUGUUACCCUUGUGCACUUAACUCUUUCUUCUUCUUCUUCUUCUUCUUCUUCUUCUUCUUCUUCUUCUUCUUCUUCUUCUUCUUCUUCUUCUUCUUCUUCUUCUUCUUCUUCUUUUGGCUUCCUUUCCUCAUUUUGUAAAUGUUUUGAAGGCUCCAUUUUGGAAGUGUCGGCCUCUGUUUCCUCUUUGGGUAAUGAUUAGGGUGCACUUGUUCGUUUUCCAAGGACUUUUUGUUACGUGGCGGGUGGCGGGUGGCAGGUUUGUUUUUCUAUUUUUGUUUUGUUUCCUCAAAAAGAAAUUCAUGCUUUAAAUAAAAUCCAAAGACAACCCCUUUUCACCACUGGUGCAGAAUGAGCAAAAAGGAUUCUUCUUUUGACUUGAGGAUUUGUUUCUGAUUUCAGCCACAAGACUCAGUUUAAAUAAAGGAACUCAUAAACGACUAAAGCACGUAGGUUGUCCUCUGUGCUUCUCCGGCAAGCCGAGAAGUGCUUCCUGCAGCUUCGACAAACCAAAAGAUGUGUUUGUGUGUGUCACAGACGUGUCUCUGUGUGCCAGGCAGUGCGAGUGCUGUGUGCCCCCCCCCCCCGCCCCCAAGGGCUGGGGUCUGGUGUGAAUCUCUCUGCUCCUCUUUUGUGACAUCUUCUCUGGUCCGGACGUUGGAAGGAAAACUUUGUGCUGCUACGAUGUAGAGUUUGGAGGCAAGCAGGUGUGGCCUUGGCCUGUCCCAGCCAACUGUCAGCAAUCCCUUCUUCCCACUCACCCCACCCCACCUGUCCCAGGAAUGGAAUCUCCCCCUCCCUCCACCCCACCCACCCCCGUCAUCCUUGUGUUUCAAAAGGGAACCUCA